AUGUUCUCCCCAUGUCUACGUGAAUCAUUACAUUUUGAAGUAUUGUGGAUGCGAAUUCUCGAUGUGGAAACCAAAGAAGUACUUUGGGAAAGUAAGGGCAAUAUGACAUUCACCGAAAAUGAACAACGUGUUGAAAUACCAGAAACAUGUGGUGGAAUAAUUCGUGAAAUUAAAUUUUCAUCAUUCAAGACAAUACCUUGGUUUUGUAUGGAGCAAAAGUUGUUAUUCAAAGGCAAGGAUCUGAAUAAAUGGUCAUACGAAUCAAGUCAUUCCGGUGAGAAGACAGUGACGGCAAUGGAAAUUGUGAGGAUACCAGUUGAUAUUCUUAGCGGGGAAAUAACAAUGGUGACAACAUUCACAGUCAAGGAAUACAUUAUUUCCUUAAAUCGUUUAAGAUUCUUCAAAAAAUGA